GUAGGCUAUGUUUCCUUUUGCUCCUCAACAGAGUUUCCAACUGUGCUGUCAAUUCAAGUUGAGUGGGGAGAAGUAAAUAAGGCCGGGAAACUUGAAGUGUUGCAACCAGGGCUACAGUGGCAAUUUAUUUUUAUCUUCUCUUCAAGGGGGUUUGUUACAGUGUACCAUUUGGACAGCUACUACUCCAGUUUUGUGUCACAACCUAACUUACAAUGGAAAAACUGCUGGUCUGUCUGUUAGUCAUUGGAAUGGCAGCGAAGGCCCAGACUUGUCCAAAGCGCUGUGUGUGUCAAGUGCUCUCCCCCAACCUUGCCACCCUCUGUGCCAAAAAGGGGCUCCUGUUCGUCCCGCCCAACAUAGACCGCAACACCGUGGAACUCCGGCUGGCCGACAACUUCGUCACCAGCGUCAAGCGGAAGGACUUUGCCAACAUGACGCGGCUGGUGGACCUGACACUGUCGCGGAACACCAUCAGCUACAUCACGCCGCACGCGUUCGCCGACCUGGAGAACCUGCGGGCGCUGCACCUCAACAGCAACCGGCUGACGCGCAUCGCCAACGACACCUUCAGCGGCAUGUCCAAGCUGCACCACCUCAUCCUCAACAACAACCAGCUCACGCUCAUCAGCCUGGGGGCGUUCAACGACCUGCUGGCCCUGGAGGAGCUGGACCUGUCCUACAACAACCUGGAGACCAUCCCCUGGGAGGCCAUCCAGAGGAUGACCAGUCUGCACACGCUGGGGCUGGACCACAACAUGAUCGACUACAUUCCUGAGGGCACCUUCUCGCUGCUGCAAAAGCUCAACCGCCUGGACGUCACGUCCAACAAGCUCCAGAAGCUCCCGCCGGACCCGUUGUUCCAACGUGCGCAGAUGCUCGCCAACACGGGCCUCAUUAACCCUUCCACGUUUGCGCUGAGCUUCGGCGGCAACCCGCUGCACUGCAACUGCGAACUGCUGUGGCUGCGGCGGCUGACCCGCGAGGACGACCUGGAGACGUGCGCGUCGCCGCAGCACCUGUCCGGACGCUACUUCUGGUCCAUUCCCGAGGAGGAGUUCCUGUGCGAGCCUCCGCUGAUCAUCAGCCACUCGCCGGAGACGCGCGUCCUGGAGGGCCAGCAGGUGGCGCUGAGGUGCAAGGCGCGCGGCGACCCCAUGCCCGCCAUCCACUGGAUCUCGCCCGAGGGCAAGCUGGUGUCCAACUCCUCACGCACCGUGGUCUACACCAAUGGCACGCUGCAUAUCACCAUCACCACCGUCAAGGACACGGGCUCCUUCACGUGCAUCUCGUCCAAUCCGGCGGGCGAGGCCAACCAGCGGGUGGAGCUCAUGAUCAUCAAGCUGCCGCACAUCAGCAACAGCACCAAUAACAUCCAGGAGUCGGACCCCGGCUCCUCGGACAUCUCGACAUCCACCAGGGCGGGCGCCAACGGCGGCAACCAGACGGCGGACGUGAAGACCAGCAUGGACAAGAGAGUGGUCAUAGCCGAGGCCACGUCGUCCACGGCACUGAUCAAAUUCAACUUCCAGAGGAAUAUCCCCGGCAUUCGCAUGUUUCAGAUCCAGUACAAUGGCACAUAUGACGACUCUCUGGUUUACAGAAUGAUUCCUCCCACGAGCAAAAACUUCCUGGUGAAUAACCUGGCGGCGGGGACGCAGUACGACCUGUGCGUGCUGGCCAUCUACGACGACGGCAUCACCUCGCUGACGGCCACGCGGGUGGUGGGCUGCGUGCAGUUCACCACCGAGUCGGAGUACCUGCGCUGCCACUUCAUGCAGUCGCAGUUCCUGGGCGGCACCAUGAUCAUCAUCAUCGGCGGCAUCAUCGUGGCCUCCGUGCUCGUCUUCAUCAUCAUCCUCAUGAUCCGAUACAAGGUGUGCAACGGCAGCGACGCGGCCAAAGGGCGGAUGAGUGGCGGGAGCACCACCAACGUGCACUCGCAGACCAACGGCAGCCAGUCGCAGGGCUGCACCGUCACGCCGUCCGUGUCCAAGCAGGCGCUGGUGGCCCUGGGGUCGGCGGCGGCGGCGAGCGAGGCCAGCGCCGGAGUCGGAGGCUCUGACAGGGGAAGCAUGAAGGGGCCGCCGCCCGACACGCUGACCCACUCGUCGGAGACCACCACGUCGCCGUCCCUGGCCGAGUGCUCCACCGCCACCUCCCAGCUCAGCCAGGGCUGGACCGCCACGGGAGCCGGCGGAGGAGGAGGAGGAGGAGGAGGAGGAGGAGGAGCCAGCGCCUCCUCCACGGGCACGCUGAAGGGCAAACGCAAGGCCGGCGCGCCCAAGCCCGCAGCCGCCGCUCCCAUCCCGGGCCCGACCUGCUCCACCACCUCCGGCUCCACCUCCGCCAAGAGCCCCGAGGCCCGGAUCGAGACCCUGCUCGACGCGGAGACGCAGAACACCAACCGCAACAACUCCACUGCCCUGCAGCUGCAGCAGCAGCAGCUACUGCAGCAACACCACCAAUACCAACAGCAGCAUCCCCAGCACAUGGUGGCAGGGUCGGCGGCCACGUCCGGCUCCGGCUCCGGCUGCGGCUCCGGCCCGAGCCCCGGCCCCAGCCACCACCAGUCCCCUCUGCUGCCCCCGGCGCGCUUCAAGGACACGCCCAUCCUGCGCCGGGUCCACCCGCGGCCCUCCGGCGGUGCCAAGUACAUGACACUGCCCGUGGAGGGGCCCCGGGUAAAGCGCAGGUACUCCCUGAACGAGGACCUGUCCAAACACCACUGCUACGUGGGCUCCGGCUCCAAGUUCGGACAGGUGUGGUCGGGCAAGCGGAGCCUGUCCAUGAACGGGAUGUUGCUGCAGCCGGAUCUGGAGAGCGGAAGAGCUUACUCUGGCUCCAGCUCCAGCGCGGAGUGGAUUCUUGAAAGCACUGUGUAAAUGUUGACGAGGACAAACAGUGGGGGCAGAGUGACCAAGCGUGUGUGUGUGUGUGUGUGUGUGUGU